AGACAAAUGAAAUUCAUGUGGCGAACACUUUUACUCACUGCGGUUCUCUUUAUUUCCAUCACAUCGGCAUGCAACAAAAAUGGAGAAGGAUGUUUGUGUAAGUAGAAUGGAGAAUGCAUUGGAAGAUUUCAAACGAAUAAGAGCACAAUUUGUUCAGAGAAAAGUGCUUAAAUAUGAGUUUGAACUUUUCACGAAAUUCGAAAAUCACACGAGACAUGUUUGGGGGCUCUAUCAACAAGCAAUCGUUGGUGACGUCAAUGUACCCAAACUGAAUUACAUGGAGAUCGAUGAAGGGGAAAAAUCAUGGAUGUGGAGAUGGAUCAAUGGAAAUGAAAAGUGGCAUGCUUGGAAUAAGUGUAGAGGAUUGACAAAAGAAGAAGCGUCGGAACAAUAUGUGGAAGCUGUUCAAAAGCUGAAAAUUGAUAUUCAACAACUUCUAAUCAACUGGAAAAUCGAGAUCAGUAACGAGCCAACUGCCGCGAUGAAUAAUAAUAUCAAUAAUAUCGCUUAAAGUUACUUUAAUGAUUAUUUGCAAAUAUUAAAAAAAUAUUUAUUUUU